ACUGAAUGUUCAGCCGGACUUUAAAAUUAGUGCGGAAGGUUCUGGACUUUCGUUUUGAGGAUGACAGAUGAACAAAGACGAAACAUCAAGGAACAGAUGUCCAUAGCCUGGGAGGGGGCUGGCGGAGCGUGGGCCGGGAACCAGUCCCGAGCCGCCUGCAAAGACACUGACCAGCCGCUCUCCAGGGCUCCACCCUGGGGUCCCAGCGGCCCCUCCCACCGCAUGCCCCCGGCUGGACUUCCUUCCUCCCAGCCGAGAGCAUCACUUACUCCCUCUGGGUCACCGGGGGACCUGUGGCAAUGUUGGGUUCUGGCUGUGACACCUGGGGACUGUCCCGCCAUCUGUUGGGAAGGGGCCAGGGACACGGCUAAAUACCGCACCGUGCACAGGGCGGCCCCCACCCCCACGACAGAGGAGGACCUGGCCCCAGAUGUGGACGGCUCCAAGGUGCGAACCCCCGCGCCCAGUCUGGGAACCGGCCGCUUGGGCACCUGUUCGUCAGCACCGGGCCCCCCCCCGGCCCUGGCUCCCUGCCCACCCCAGGAAACAGACAGACACGGCACCGGGGUUUUACCAAUUUUAUUUCUAGACUUUUCACGUUUGUCUUUUGUUUUCUGCUGGCAACGUGCCGGUUACGCGUCUGUGCUGGGAAACGCCACAGGGUGCAACCGAAAUACACACAGACCACAGCUGCCCACCCGCCAAGAGACCCUCACAGGCUUGCUGGUCACAGGACAGACUCCGCUGUGCUCCCCGGACCGGCCACGGCCUUUGAGCACACACGACGUUCACACCCCCCCCCCCCACCAGGACAGACCGUCCCUCAAGGGCCCCGUUUGGUUCAGACACAGAGAUGCCGCAGCCAGAAAGGUUGAGACAAAAACGGAAUCGGGAAUAAAACAAUGGCAUUUGUAAGCAGGAAGGACACCACGGACUCCGGCUCGGGCUGUAAUAGCAGCAGGCACUCAGAAAGGGCCGUAAAACACAAGGUUGUCUCCACGGGCCUUUGUUGCGUCUGGAGACCUCACAGGAGCCCUUUUAAAGCCUCCAUUUAUGAGCCAUCCGCAUUGUUGCGCAGACAAAGCUGGACGGGGCCACAGCUCCACAUGCCAUUAGGGCACGGAUCAUUGACGGGCCUGCCUUGUGGCC